AUGUUCAGAUUCGCUUCUCCUCUCCAUAUAACCCGCAGGUGUUCUACCCUGUGGCGUAUGCGCUAUGCUGGUCAUAGCAAAAGCACUCAAAUAGCUACGCAGGCAUUGUCAUUUGUUACAGUACCUGUCGGAAUAUUAAUAACAUAUAUCGCAUUUCAAAAUGAGCAUAGACACGAAAAAGAAAUGGAGGGAAAGGAAGAGUUCAUAGUUGUUUAUCCCAGGGAAAUAAUCAGAUUACCUUGGGGCGAUGGUAAAACUGCGUUAACUGAUACAAUCAGUAAAUCCCUUGGAUUACAUAUAGAACAUGAAAUCAAAAUCCCGGAACCAGCUGAAUAA